UCAAGAGCACUGUAAAACAGAAGUAGUUCAAUUUUCAGUUAAAGUGUUUUCAUUAGCUGAAUUAUCAGUACCUGAAAUAACACCAAGCCUUUCAAAUACAAAUGAUUGCACUUAAUCCUGGAGUGGUCACGUGGCAUCUGACAGACACUAGCUGCACUGCAUUCACUCACUGUUCAACCGAUACACUGGCAGACGUGCGGUACCAUCUUCUUUUCAAUUAACUAAAUACAGACAUAUUCAGCUCAUCAAUAUCACAUUAGUCGCUGUAGUGUGUUGGAGAGAAGAGACUGUUUCCAGAGCUGCAUCACUGAAGUCUACCAGACGCCAUGCGAUCUUUGCCAUUACUGAAGAUCCAACGUGAGUUUGUGGAAGACCUACAAUUUGGAAAGUGAACAUCAUAGGGAAAUUGUACUCCAACUGUUGCUCGAGGAAAAUGAUGAAUCAGAUGAUGAGUUUGAUAUUUACAUUGAUAUGGAAGAAGACAGUGUGGAAACAAGAGAAGAAGAUUCAAUCACUGAGCAAGAUGCGGACUCCAGUGAGAGUGACAGUGAUGAUCAUGUUGACAAAUGUUUUCUAGGAAGAAACAAAUCCACAAAAUGGUCAAAAGCAUGUCCCCCCUCAAAAAUGUUCGUACUGUAUGACAAAACAUUGUCACUCAUUUACCAGGAGUGAAAGGAGCCACUAAGAAUGCCGGAACAUCGGUGGAAUUUUGGGAAUUAUUUUUCAAUGGUGAAUCACUGUCUAGUAUUGUUGAUCACACUAAUAAAAAGAUUUUUGCAGUACAGAAAAUUAUUCCAGAGAAAGGGUUGCUCAACUGACAGACGUAUCUGAAGUAAAAGCUCUGUUAGGAGUAUUGUAUUUAUGUGCUGCAACAGAAGAUAACUGUACUAACACCCAAGAUAUAUGGACAGCCAAUAAAAUGGAAAUUGAGUUAUGUCGUCUUAUAAUGACUGAAAAACGAUUUAGUUUCCAAUUGUAUUGCUGAGGAUUGACAACAAAGAUACCAGAGAGGAAAGGAAGAAGGUGGAUAAUUUAGCCCCCAUACGUGAGGUGUUUUCUUCCUUUGUGGAAAACUAAAAAUGCUUACUCUGUUGGAGAGUACUGUACUGUUGAUGAAAAGCUGGAAGCUUUCAGGGGCAAGUGUUUCUUCGGACAGUACAUCCCUAGUAAACGAAAUAUGUAUGGGCUGAAAACAUUUGCUUUGGUGGAUGCUAGGAUGUGUUACACAGCCAACCUGGAAAUUUACACUGGUAAGCAGCCUAUAGGGCCAUUUGCAGUUAGCAACAAACCAACAGAUGUUGUGAAAUGUCUCACUAAUGAGAUCUCGGAAACUGGAUGUAAUAUAACUGUAGACAAUUGGUUCACAUCAUUAGAAUUAGCUGAUUACUUGCUUCAGAAGAAUCUUACUCUGGUUGGAACUAUUAGGAAGAAUAAACCUGAGAUUCUGCCAGAGUUUACACAAACAAGAAACACGGAAAUAAGCACAGCACUGUUUGGGUUUCAGAAAAACUCAACUCUAAUGUCAUAUGUCGCCAAGAAAAACAAGACAGAUCUGUUACUAUCCACAUCACGAUAACACAAUUGAUGCCGCUUCUGGCGAUAAGAAAAAGCCAGAAAUAACAUUUUAUAAUGCAACCAAAUCAGGAGUUGAUACUGUCGAUCAGCUAUGCGGUACCUACAGUGUAUCAAGAAAAGCCAACAGAUGGCCAAUGGUGAUUUUUUUUUUUUCUUUUUUUUUUUAUGCCAUGAUGAACAUUCCAGGUAUAAAUGCGCAAAUAAUAAACCAUGCAAAUAACAGCAGUGGUGCAGUGAGUUUCUGAAACUUCUGGCAUGUAAUCUAGCUGACAAUUACUUGUGUCAGUGUUCCCAGUACGUAUCGUUGCCAAGAAAUCUCAGACAAGAUAUUCAGAAUCUUAUUCCAGAUGCAGCCACUGUUCAACCCACAGAAGAGGACCAAAGCUCAAAAAGACAGAGAUGCUGUGAAUGUGGUUGUUCAAAAAACCGGUAUGCCAAGUACAGAUGUCGCAGCUGUAAGAAAUUUUUGUGAAUAGAACAUGUGCAGCACGUAUGCGCUAACUGCUGAGAGUAGUGCUCACUGAAUGUGAUAUUUCUGUUAUAAUUUGUACAAUGCAAUUAACUUGCAACAUUUCCAUACAAGGACUGUAAUGCAAUUUUUUGAAAAGUGUAUGAUAGAUUUUCACCUUUGUGAUGAAAGGCACUAAAAGUUAUGUAAUGUGACAGUCAGCCGUUUUGUGAAGCACAUUUAUACUUAAAAAUAAGAAAAAUAAAAUAUUUUCCA